AUGAACGAAGCGAGGAAGCGCACAGACCAGCACGCCGCCGAGGAGGACCUAAAAUUCGACGGCCUCUUUAACAACAAGGAAAGUAGCACCGAUGGCAAUUUCGCGAACAUUUCAAACAUAGCCACGAUAAACUUUGCCCGUCUGGAGAAGGAGUUCCAGAGGAUCUACAGGGACCCGUCUCAGGAGCAACCGUCAUCCGUCAGUGAGUCCAACGGGGCGGACGAAUUGAAUGAAGCGAAUGGCGAUGAUCACUUCUGUGGGAAGACCCAGGAGAAGGUUCACGGGAUGGUGAACCAACCAAGUGAAGAGACGCUACAUACACAACUCACUGGAAUGCACAACGAAAGUUCAAUCGGAGGGGACAGCUCAAAGGGGGAAGGAGAAAAACGUGCUGACGACUGUGGAGGUACGCUGUCAGCACAGUUUGAGAGGAGCGGACCCACGGGGCUAACCAGCCACAGCCAGCAGAACUUCCCUUCGACCAACUCCAUUGAGCUGAUUUUAAAGAGCAUUCAGGAGAACACCAUUUUGGAGACAGACAAGGGGAAAAAUGGCAACCCCGGUGGGUGCAACUCCAACGUUGGGGCAGGUCACGCUGGUGCGGUGGACCCGGUGAGGGGUUCUCACCCCACGAAUGUUGCAAAAACCGUUUCGCCAACCGCUUUGCCGAUCACUUUGCCGAUCGAUUUGUCGACCUGUUCGUGCCGCCUCUGGUGGGACGACAAGCCCUUCGUGUACCAUUGGGAGCGUGGCAUGAACAGGAAGGAGGUACAGCGGUGCGUACACAACUUCUGCAUUAACAUUGCGAACGAGGACUUCUAUCUGACACGCCUGGAGAAACUCCCCGAAGACAACCUUUUCAAGGAGAAAGAAAAAAACAUACAAAAAAUACAACUAAAGGGGAGUACCUACGCCUAUUACAAACUUUGUGAGCGAUAUGAGCAAGAAUCCUUGGGGGAUGUGAAGCCAAAUGAGGAAUACCUAAUAAGGAGGAAGAACCACGUGGAGGAAAAACUCAUGGACCCACUCAACUUUCCAGAAGUGUUAAGAGCCAUAGAAUACACAAAGGAAGGAAGCAACCUGCUGAAGCAUACCGUCUAUAGCAUUCCUCACUUACGUUUCUUCUUCGUAAGUAAGGAUCUAGAGUUUAUUAAAUGGUUCUCCUCCAGGAAGACAGAUGAGCAGUGCAAAAUAUAUUUCAAAAAAAUCAACAGCCUGGAAGUGAAGAUCGUGCAUGAGCACAUGCUGGAAAAUCUAAAGGUCGACAUUUUGAAAAGACUGUCCUUUUCCAUUGUCUACUUGAAUGAAAAGAAAAAGGUAACCCUCACGUGUAAGUCUUUGCAAGAGUUUAACUACUGGGUCACCACUAUUAGGGCCCUCAUGUUCCGCGCGAAGAGGAUGAAGACCACUCGAAGCGUCCUGCUGUCCCAUGUGAGUGGAGGUGACAUGGACGAAGAGGAAAAAGGGAACAACACACUCACGGGGGAAUGGUCAAAUGGCAAUGCACAUUAUGCAGGAGGUGCAAUAGACGUGGGGAGGAGUGGCCACCGUGAAGUCAACUCGUCUACAUCGUUAAAACCCUGUGCAGCGCAGGAUCCCUCCAAAUGGAACCCUCACCACGGGGAAGCGAAAUCCAACAAAAUGUUCGAAGGAGAAGACGCUUCAACGGAGGAGGGGAAGAGUUCCCUGAAGUCAUUCCAUUUGUAUAAACUCAUUGUCUUCCCAGACUAUAACCUCCAUCAGAUAAAGACAAAGUUUUACCUCCUCAAGGAGAAGGCAUACAAGUACAGGAUUCAAAUUGAAAAGGAAAUAGAUGAGUAUCAGAUGGAUGUCGACUUGGGGGGGGCCAUUGAUCAUCCUGUUAACGAGGGUAACCCCCUAGUGGAGGAUGCCGAUCCGCACAGUGCCCUAACUUCCCAGAUAAAUUCUACCCCCCUUUACCACUGCAACCUUAGCGGCAAUGUCAGGGGUAACGUGGCAGAGAAGGAGAACCCACUGAGGAGGGAACCCCCCUCCGAUGGGAAGCACAACGAAACCUGGCCCAGCGGCUCCUCCCCCCAUGUCGCCCCGCCAGAGCUAUAUACACUUAACAAGGAAACAAAUUUAACCAUUCGCGAUGGUGGGAAGGCAGCCAAGGGAAUGGCACCCAUCCCAGCAGGAGGGGAAGUAGUAGACGCAGUAAACGUAGCAAACAUAGUAAACGUAGUAGAUGUAGUAGACGGAGGGGGAAGUGGCAACCCCGUUAAAGAGACCAAUCAGAACGAACCGGAGGAAGACACAGACCAGUUUAAGCUCCAACUAAUUGUUAAAAUAUAUAACCGCAUAGAUAAGAAACUUAAGAAAGUUCAAAAGGACAUCCUGCACGUUGUGAAGGUGCUGAAGAAGGAGGAAUCGGAGAAGCAGCCGAACCCGCAUCCGCAGGGGGGAAGUAGCGGGUUCUCUCUGGAACACAUAUGGAAGUACACCCAGGAUGCAUACAGAACGUUGGAGGGCAAGUUUUACAAAACGGGCGACGGUCGCUAUGGUGGGGAUAACCGCUACGUUCGCUCCAACGAUAUACACACCGAACAGAGAAAAACCGAACUGCCAAAGCAGCAACUGCGAAAAACGGAACUGCACAAACGCGAACUGCACAAACGGGAAGAGCAACCCGAUUCGUCUGCGCCAAACGAAUGGGACACGCCCGGUGAAAAGGACUCCCCGGAGGGACGCAACAACCAAUCCAGAAAGCUCAUCCACGACAUUCUCUUCGACAUGUGGCUCUGCGAAAUGGAGCUCGGCAACAUCGAAGACAUCUACACCACCUAUCUGUGCAACUCCAAAAGGAGGAAAAAUUUUAUUACAAACAUGGACGCCCCUGCGUUUGUGAAGAACAUUUCGCAGCAGAUAUCCAACACGAUACUGCGCUACAUGAACUUGUGA